GUGGGUGUGUCUUACAGUGUGAGACGAGAGAGAGAGAGUUAGUAAAGUCCUGAAAAUGAACCGGCAACGUAGUUUGAGACAUUUGUAGUGCCUUAAGUGAGUGGUUUCAUGUUUUGAUCGUUUACACAGACAGAAAUUCGAGAGGAGAGGACCGUUUUCUGGGCUUUUAAAGCCGCGCUUCAGUUUGCCGUUAAAAUGAGCGUCAGUUAACGUUAGUUAGUCGAGUGAUCUUUGGCUCUCCUGCGGUAGAGCAUUAACGUCAUCUAGCACUGCGCUCCUCACUGGAUUGUACCGUAGCUCCACCGUGGGUCGAAACGCUCCUCUGAAAGACUUUCCUGUCAUUUUUUUAAUGUGGCACAGCUUGAAAAUUGGAGUUUUAUCCCCUUCAAAUGACGUGGACGAGCACCAUGAGCAGUGGUUACAGUAGUCUGGAAGAAGAUUCCGAGGAGUACUUUUUCACGGCUAGAACUUCCUUUUUCAGGAAACCUUCAGGGAAACUCACAGAGCAGAAGGAUGUGGAGAAGGAGAAAGAACUGCGUACUCAUCUCAGUUUUGAAGAGAUCAGGCACAAGAUCGAGUUCUACAAUGCUACCACAAGAGACCACCUCAAAAUGACACUGAAUCCUGAUGGCCUCUACACGGGCUUCAUAAAGGUGCAGCUGGAGCUGCGGCGGCCCAUCACUGUGACAGGUGGAGGAGUAAAAGGGCAGGAAGCUUUCUAUUUGCCAUCUGGCUCUGUCAACACACUGCAUGUCAGCAGCUCCAAUACUGUGCGGCAGGUGAUUGAGGCUUUGCUGCGCAAGUUCACUGUGGCAGACAACCCGGCUAAGUUUGCCCUCUAUAAACGCUUCCGCCGCGAUGACCACGUCUGUAUUUGUAAGCUGGCAGAAAGAGAGCACCCUCUGCUGCUGCGUCUUCUGGCAGGGCCCAACACAGACACACUCAGCUUUGUACUGAGAGAGCAGCAGACUGGAGAAGUCAUGUGGGAUGCGUUCUCUGUCCCAGAGCUACACAACUUCCUUCGUAUCCUGGAUAAGGAAGAGCAAGAUCAGGUUCGUGUCAUAACCACGCGCUACAACACCUAUCGAGAAAAGCUGGAGGAAGCGAUCCGAGCAGCGGGCAGCCCUGACUAACAUCUCUCACGCUGAGAGAGAGAGAGAGAGAGAGAGAGAGAACUGCUUUAGAGGACUCCAGGAAUACUCCCUCUGGAGGCACAGAGAGUGAAGUGGAGGACCUCUCUUAAAAACAGGAUUCUACAUGCUUUCUCAGAACGCACUCUUAGUGCCAUAUUCUCAACUCUGCCCUCUCGUGCGCUCUCUCCUUCAAAGAUUGUUUUUAGUUUUGUUUUUUUAGUAUCUGUGGUUGUAUUUUUUUCUGUUUAGUUACCUCUUGAACUUGUGAACGAUGCAAGCCUGAGAAUCUGAUCUGUCUGAUUAUUUUAUUUAAUUGGUGGAUACUAUGGUUUGUACAUAUUUUUGUUCAUUGUUUUUAAUUUAUGUGGGUGAAGCUUUUGUUCUUUUUUUUUUUUUAAUCUUUACUUUUUUAAAAACGAGUCUUAUUUUAAAGAGGCAUAGCAACAAUCCAAAUUAAUGGCCGAAUGAAUGGAGGUUUUGGCAGUAAUUGUAGGUACUGUUCACUCGCAGUGCUCCCGUACCAAAGAGUAAAUGAAGGUGGCGUAAAUGGUUGGCAAGGCUGUGGCUGAUUUUUUUUUUUUUUUUUCUGGUGGGAUAUGGCCUUAACUACUGUCCUGAGACCAAGUUGACAUGGGUAAAUGGCUAAAUGUCUGUUUAGUUGCAGUAAAGUUUGUUCUAGAUCAGAAAGUAUGAGCAGGAACAGAGGAAUAGAGAGGCUCCACUGUCAGUGUUAGUAUCACUGGUUUGGUUAAAUUUUUCCAUGUGACGUGUCAGACUAAAUAGCUGGCUUUGAUGCACUAUUUGUCUGUCAGUGGAAGAUUGCAGUGAUGGAGAUCCAAAAGGAAUAUUGGACAUGUAGUGUCUCAAGUAAUUUGAGACUGUUAGGAAAACUGUGAAGAAGGAAGACAGGAUGUGAAGACAAAGGCCUAGUCACUGAUAGUAAAUAUAAUAGAAAUGCCUACUAAAAGAAGUGCUUGGCAGUAGAAAGUAUCAGAAGUAUGUUGAUCAGACUUUAGGACUGAAGCUGUUUGGAGGUCUGCAGAAUUCAGAGAGAACACGAUGGAGUAGGGUACAUUGUCACUGGAGCAGAAACGAUUGCAGGAAGUUUGCUUAUUGGUUUAGAGGAAGUUGAAACGCAUUUAGAGGAACCGUCAUACGUUGAUGUAGGAACAAACUGAAUUAGGGCGCAGCCUGUGUUGGAGCUGACUUCUGCUGUUCUACAGAGCUGGACUUGUCUUUGUUAGUGACUGCCAUCCCUUUUAAACAAAUGACAGACUACUUCCAUUGCGGGUCAUUAAGUUAAAUAUCCUCUCGUGAUCAGAGCCUUUAAGAGAGAUGAGCAUUAGGAACAAAGCCAGUGGUGUUAGGCACUGGCUUUAGGGAAGGACGUAAUCAGUGUAGUUCUAAAAAGGCAUUAAAGAGAGAGAAGGUUGGCUGUGUAGUCAUUUGCUGGAGGAUCUGUGCCCCACUGUUUAAGGUGUAGGCUGAGGAAAUGGGGUUGGGCCACUCUGCCAUUAGGCCUACAUUUCAGCUGCAGCUGUUCAAGAGCUGUCUUUUCAGUACUGUACAUGUGUGCUUGCCAUUUAGGAUAUGAAGCAUCAUAUUCUAUAUAUAUAUAUAUAUAUAGAACACCAUGGAGGAUUUUCACAAAGCAGGACUUUUUCAGUUAGCCAGAGAUUUAAGAUGUUAAAAUAGAAGGUGAUGAAGCAACUGCCCAUUGACUUCCAUUAUAUGUGUGUUUUGAGUCAGUAGGCUUUCUAUUCAGCUGAACUAAUUGAAAUUACUGUCUGUGGUAACUGCACACUGCACAUGCACAGACAGGCAUUAGACUGAAAAUCACUGGAUUUUUCCUUUGUUAUCUAGCUAUAAUGAGAAAUCCUGCUACCAUAAAAUAUCCUCCUGUAUGCAAGCACCAUCAACCUUACCAACCUUUCCAGUUAAUAUUCUUGAUGUGGACAGACACAUUGUAUGAUAUACCUGUAUUGCUCUUUCAGAUGCUGUUAAAUAUACUGUAGUACCUAGUCAUCUAUGCAGAUUUCAGCAAAAGAAGUGUCUUAAGAGCAGACGGUCGGUCAUUGAGCUAUGCUAUGUUGUUAAGGUUAACAUUUACAUCAUGUUAAGUUUGUUAAAUGAUACUUGUGUAUCAGUGGUUGAUUUCUUUAAUAUGUAUACAUAUUUUAUGUUUCUGCUAGUACUGCAUGAUGGUUUUCUGAUGGGUACUGCAUUAUAGUUUGUGUUGCAUUGUCCAUUGAAGUAUAAUUGUGGUGAUGUGGGGACACCUUAUGCUCAUCUGCUGUAAUAGCGUCUUUACUUUGGAGUCCUAUAGCUCAUCUAUGUCAAAGGUGACACAAUUUAUUUUCUUUUACUAUUUUGUUGUAUUUCUUUUCUGUUUAAACAAAGAUCUAAUGAAAAAAAAGUAUAAUUUAAUUUAAAAUUUAGAAAUCUUGCCUGGUGCAAAGAGUGUGUACACCUUGUCUAAACUUAGGUUAAUCUAUAUCUAGCCUGUUAGAAAGCUUCACCGUGGCAACAUUGACUUGUAAACACUGGGUUGAAUAUGAUUUAAAAUUAAACAUGUAACUGUUGCAGGAGUUUUGAAUCAAUAAGCCAUUAAUAGUGACGGUCCCAUCGCUCUGUAUCUUCAGUAUUAUUAGCUUAUGACUGAGGGUCACACAGGGCAACAGUAAGGAUUUAAACAAGUUAAAAAGAGUUUUGGGCACUUUACAUUGUAAUCAGGGAUAAUCUUUUAUUUUUGUCUGCUUUGAAUGCUUAUUAUCUUUCAUAAUUGUAUAACAGUAACUAUAUUUUAUUCAGUGAAGGCUUUGGCAUGUUCUGUGGAAUUAAAAAAAAAAAAAUUUUAAGAGCAAAAAGCUUCCAUAGCCCAUUUGUAGAGCAAGACUGUGAACGUUCCAACUGCAUCACGUUUUCUUAGCAUGUUCUUCGAGCUUACGUUAAAGGCUGUGGGUAUGUGUGAAUACUACUAAAGGAAUUUCAUAUAUAAAUGCAUGCAUUAUAUUAAUCCAUGCAUAUUCUUUUUGGCUGUGAAGGACAUCACUGGCCAGUGUUGUUAAAAUGGUUGUUUAGCAGCACGUGACUUACCGUACUGAAAGGUGUUCUUGACCUACAUACUCUCAAUUUGCCAAAAACUGUUCACAUACAAAUCUCAGUGUGGCUUUGUUCCAUGAUUUGCAGGUUUGCCCUACAGACUGUGCUAGAACGUUUUGGAGUCUACUUACUUAACAUUGCGUUUAAAGAAGACCUCAGGGCCAGUUUGGAUUUGAGCCUAAAUCCUGAAAUGUCGGGUCUUUCUUUGGACAUUUGAGGAUUUCGUCCGAUCCAAAAAGCAGAAGUCUGAUCAGUUCAGAGAUGUUCUGGGAUUUGGUAAAUGGCUCAGAGGGGUCAGUACUGUGAAGUGGACUUGCAAAAAGAACAGAAUACUGUCACCACAAGCAGCAUAUGAUGUUGGUUGUGAUGUUGGCUGAUACAGGUUUAUUUUUGUAGGAACUGUUUCAGCAUAAAGUUGUUACCAAUCGAGGCGUUUUUGGUUUCAUUGAAUAAAGUUGAAAUUGUUUCACAAAUUC